AUUACUGCCCAGGCGGUGCGGGCAGCAGGGUCCUGCGGCAGCUCGUCCCGCCGGGAAGGUACUUGGCAGCCCGGCCGCCAUCGUUAGGCUUCAGGGUACACGGGCGCGGCGGGCGGCAGGACCCGGGGGCGCGGCCCCGCCCCGCCCCGAGGACACGCCCCCCCAGGCCUGGCCCCUGCUCCUGGCUCUAGAGCCGAAGCGCGGGUCCCAGCGCUCGCCUAGUGAGGUCACUUCCGGAGCGGGCCGGAAGCGGCAGGCGGGCGGCCGGGUUUGAAUCGCACGGCGCCGCGCCGCGCCUUGUCCCGGCCCCGGUCCGCUCGCCAUGCCCAUCCGCGCGCACUGCACUAUCUGCUCCGACUUCUUCGACAACGAGCGGGACGUGGCGGCCGUGCCGUGCGGACACACCUUCCACCGCGCCUGUCUCUUCCAGUGGUUUGAUACAGCACCAAGCCGGACUUGCCCACAAUGCAGAAUCCAGGUCAGCAAAAGACACAUCAUCAACAAGCUGUUUUUUGAUGUGGCACUGGAGGAGCAGACAGCACCAGAUGCAGAGACCUUGCAGAAUGAACUGGACAAGGUGAAGGCUCAGCUCUCUGUGAAAGAGAAAGAAAAGCGGGAAUGCCAGGCCAUUGUGGAUGGGCUGAGGGACACUCUGGAUGUGCGCAAUGCCACCAUAGAGUCGCUCCAGAAGGUGCUGGGAGAGACAGAGAUGCUGUGCUCCUCUCUCAAGAAGCAGAUGAAAUUCCUGGAGCAGCAGCAGGAGGAUAACAGAAGUUCAAAGGAGGAGGCCCGCCGCCUGCGGAACAAGCUGAGAACCAUGGAGCGGAUUGAGCUGCUGCUUCAGAGCCAGCGCCCUGAAGUGGAGGAGAUGAUCAGAGAGAUGGGAGUCGGGCAAGCAGCAGUGGAACAGCUCGCGAUCUAUUGUGUGUCGCUGAAAAAGGAAUAUGAAAACUUGAAGGAGGCUCGGAAGAUCUCUGGUGAGAUGACAGAGAAGCUGAAGAAGGAGCUGUUUUCUGUCAAUAACAAGCUCCAGAAAACUGCUUCAGAAUUGGAGAAGACAGAGGAGGAGUUAAAAAGCACCCAGAAGGAUCUGAAAAAUGCGGACAAGGAGAUCUUGAGUUUGAAGAAGAAGAUAGACAUCCUGCAGGACACUCUGAAGGUCCCAUCUGUAACCAGAGAGACACUCAGUCGGCUGGUGUUUGAAAGCCCUGCUCCCGUGGAACUGCGGCAACCAAAGCUCCAUCGCCCGGCCCACACUGAUGAGAUCAAUCUAGAUGCUACUUUUGAUGUGGACACCCCUGAACAUCAGCCCUGCAGAUGUCUCUGCAGCCCUGCAAAAAGGCCGAAGCUGGAUAAAAAAACGCCUCCCGUGGUAAAUCUGGCGAAGAAAGUUCUGAAGGAAACAAUGGAGAACUGGGCAGAUGAUCUGGAGGAUGAUGCUCUUAAAGGACUCCUGCCAGGAUUCAUCAGGAACUCUGUUAUCUCCAAGAAGCCAUCUUCGGGCAGCUUGCUGGCUCUCCCCAAGAACACAGGCACUGUGAGGAUGGGGUAUGAUGGCUUGGGAGGCAGAACAAAGUUCAUACAGCCUACAAACCUGGCAGAAAUCCGCCCGUUAGCAGUGAGGAACAAGAAGAAGGUCUCCAGGCCUGCGUCUGCAGCUCCCUCUGCAUCGUCCUCCAGCAGCAGCCAGGCCAGACUGGACAGUUUCCUGCAGUAAGAGCAUCUGGGAGCGGCUGGGCAGCGGCUGCAGGGCUGAGCGCGGAGCCCAGAGCCUGGCAUGGAGCAACACGCAACCACCGCUGUGCAGGGGCUGUUUGCAAAGCACUGAUGCUGCGUUGUGGGAGAGAUGAGCUGCCCUGGGGAGAAUCCUGGCCCUGCAGCAAGCUGACAGGAGACCAAGCCUCUGCCUAAUGCUUGGACCGAUUUACCCCCCUCGUUUUACUCCUCCUUUCUCCUAUUUUCAUGCAGAAUAAACAGGUUUUUCGCACCUUCUGGCAUGCUCACGGCUGUGCAGUUGCUGUUGUGCUCUCUGAGUGCAGUUCUACCUGAUUUCUUGGAUGCAGCUGUGAGCUGGAGAUGCAGGAAGGGGAUCUGGGAUGUCAGUCUGGAGCAAGAGCCCAGAGAAGGGACCUGGACCAGCUCUACACCUGGUGUGAAUAGUUCCAAGAAAGUUUCCUGGAGGAAAAUGUGCGGAGGGCAGAGCAGUGCUGGCCUGCCUUGCUGCAGGGUGGUUGUAUAUUCAUCAUCAAAUUGAACACCUUCCCUCUGUAGGCCUGUGUGGGCUGGGGAGACUCACACCAAACCUGGGGGCUGUUCUGCCUUGCGCUGGUUUGGGCCAUGAAGAUAACUGCAGUUUUGCAGCCUGGACACUGAAAUCGCUGACCUGGCAAAGAGGGUGUUGGGGGUGACUCCCUGCCCUGCUUGGAAACAGGGAGAUGUCACUUCUGUUCUUGGCAUGUGUUGGUGUGGAGCUUGUUUGUAUGGAUUUCUACUUUUUUUUAAAUGAGAUUGUAGGUGUUUUGUUCUUUUGUAACUUGCCUGCCUAGUAAUCUGAGGGUUUGGAAGGGCCUGAAGAAGUGCUGGAGAAUGACUUCCAUCGGGGGAGGGGGAUACUGGGGCUGAACCUGUCUGGGGUUCUUCAGCUGGAGAUGUGGGACAGGAGGUCUCCUCUUGCCCCAUGGCUGAAGUGGAGCUGUUCAAGCUGCAAGGAGCAGACUUGGGUGAGGUACCUUGCUACCAAACUUUGUACUGUACAGAUUUGUGAUGUUUCCAACUUCCAGCUGCUUCAGGCUGGAAGCCUCAGUACCUGGGUUGGCUAAAAACAUGUCUUUAGGGAAUAAAACAUACUGCUGUGCACACUUGUUAGCA